GCAAUCGGUAUCUCUUUGCAAAAAAAAAACAAUAAGCAAUGAGCGGCUCGCAAUUAUUUCCCUUGAAUCUGAACAAUCUGACGGCAAAGGAGCGACACAACUAUAUCCUUAACCAAUACGUGCUCAACUCCCCGGCGGAGGCGGAAUCCCGCCGCCACAAGCGGGACAUCGAUGUCAUCCGGGAGAAUCACCGCUUUUUGUGGGAUGAUGAGGAUGUGGACAGCGACUCCCUGAGUUGGGAGCAGCGUUUGGCCCUGCGCUACUACAAGAAGCUCUUCAAGGAAUACUGCAUAGCGGAUUUAUCCCGCUACAAGGAGAACAAGAUAGCCCUGCGCUGGCGAACGGAGCAGGAGGUUGUCACCGGUACAGGACAGUUCCAGUGCGGCAGUCGUCAUUGCGGGGAGCGGACGAAUUUGCGCAGCUGGGAAGUCAACUUCAAGUACAUCGAAAAGGGAGAGCCCCUGAAUGCGUUGGUUAAGGUGCGCCUUUGUCCUACCCAUACGGAUCAGCUGAACUUUCGCACCAAGAAGAAGGAGUACAAGAAACAACGACGCAGGGAAAAGGAGGAACGUAGGGCUGAGCGAAAACGAAAGCGUCGCAGAUUGGAUGUCAAUCAUGAAAGUUCCACAGAUGGCGAAGAGGAGGAGGAGUAUGAAGGAACAGCCCCCGAAUCCCAGCCAGAAACCAUCAAGGAGCCCACAACAGAAAACGAAACGGACGACCAAAUUUGGUUACAGCAACCCGAUCUCGGCCAGGAGCAGACCUCUAGGGAGCAGGAGUUCGAGCGCUAUCUUGAGGAUCUUCUCUUUUAAAAUACAUAGCACAUUUAUUUGGAUUCAACGUAGACACUAGUGCUCUUUUUAUAGUUACUGGCCGCGAGAUGCGUUCGCUUACGAACUAGGAUGUACAUGUACACUCACAUUUACAGGAUUAUUCACAAGAACUGUGUGUUUUAAAACCGACACCAAAUCUAAAGUUGAACUGGACAUUAAGGCUGUGACUUUGAUUUUUGGAAACAUUUCCAAAUCGCUACAUUAUAUGCAUGUACCUAGUUCAACCGCAAUUUCUGUAUUCAUCGAAUGCUAAUCGGGGGUUCGAAAAUACAUUUUCACCUUACUUUUACGUGCGCUUCUGUGGUCACAACAAAUUGUUUAAAUCCAGCCACUGAAGCGUUUCUAAAUAUAAAUCGCUCUAGAAUAAAUA